AUAUCCGUUCACUGUUUGGACACUGGUCGGUUUCAUCAUGGUCUCCCGGCACUGCGGCAUUCUGUGUUUCUGCUUUUUCCUGAUAUAUCCUCUUUUGCUGACUGCAGUCUUCUUAAAUCACAAGGAAGCCAGCAAUAUGCUACGAAGAAAAAAGCGAUCCAAUUCCUUCCUGGAAGAGCUGAAAGCAGGGUCACUGCAGCGAGAAUGCAUAGAAGAGAAGUGUUCAUUUGAGGAAGCCAGAGAAAUCUUCCAGGAUAACAGAAGGACUAUGGAAUUCUGGAACACCUAUGCAGAUCCCAAUAGUUGCGACUCCAACCCUUGCCAGAAUGGUGGGACGUGUAAAGAUGAUUAUCAGAGCUAUAUGUGCCUGUGUCCUGUCGGGUAUGAAGGCAGAAACUGUGAAACAGCCGAAACAGAAAAACUGAAGUGCAUUUAUGACAAUGGUGAUUGUCAGCAUUACUGCAGAGAUACCCCAACUACAGUACGGGAGUGUUUUUGUGCAACGGGAUACAGGCUAGCCAGUGAUGAAAUAUCUUGCAUCCCAGAAGUUGAUUAUCCAUGUGGGAAAAUACCCAUUUUGGCCCAAAGAAAUAAGAGUGAGGAGGGAAGAAUUGUAGGUGGUCAUAUCUGUCCUCCAGGUGAAUGUCCAUGGCAAGCACUCUUAAUAGAUGGAGUAAAAGAAAAAUGUGGAGGUGUUCUACUUGCUCCAUCGUGGGUAGUUACUGCAGCUCACUGCUUGGACCAUACGCACCCCAGAGUACUCAAGAUAAAAUUGGGUGAACAUGACAGAGAUGAUGAAGAUGAGGCUGAACAGGAAAGGAGGGUUGCUGAAAUUAUAAUCCAUGAACGAUAUAUCCCUAGAAAAACUGACAACGACAUUGCCUUACUACGAUUAGACAAGCCAGUAAACUUUACUGAUUAUGUGGUACCCAUAUGCUUGCCUGAGCAACGGUUUGCUGCGGAUGUCUUGUCCAGCAUUAAAUUUUCCACAGUGAGUGGAUGGGGGCGUUUAAUAGAAGGUGGGGCUACUUCCUCUCUCCUUCUGCGAGUGGACGUGCCCCGCAUAAAGACUAAAGAAUGCAUUCAGAGCACUAACUUGAACAUUACAAGGAACAUGUUUUGUGCGGGGUACUUGACAGGGAUUAAAGAUGCAUGUGAAGGUGAUAGUGGUGGUCCCCAUGCCACCAACUACAAAAAUACUUGGUUUCUAACAGGGCUUGUGAGCUGGGGGAAGGGGUGUGCAGCUGAAGGCUCAUACGGAGUUUACACCAAAAUAUCACAAUACAUUCCAUGGCUGAACAAUCACAUGUUUCACUAA